AUGAUGAUGUUCCUGCAGCUACUACCUACACUGAAACCGCUACUCACGGUGGUACUGAUACUGUUCACGUCAUUGAACCAAUCAACCCAACUGUCACCACCACUGAAUACGAAGACGUUUCAGCUGCUACUACCUACACUGAAACUGCUACUCACGGUGGUACCGAUACUGUUCACGUCAUUGAACCAAUCAACCCAACUGUCACCACCACUGAAUACGAAGACGUUUCAGCUGCUACUACCUACACUGAAACUGCUACUCACGGUGGUACCGAUACUGUUCACGUCAUUGAACCAAUCAACCCAACUGUCACCACCACUGAAAUACGAAGACGUUUCAGCUGCUACUACCUACACUGAAACUGCUACUCACGGUGGUACCGAUACUGUUCACGUCAUUGAACCAAUCAACCCAACUGUCACCACCACUGAAUACGAAGAUGUUUCAGCUGCUACUACCUACACUGAAACUGCUACUCACGGUGGUACUGACACUGUUCACGUCAUUGAACCAAUCAACCCAACUGUCACCACCACUGAAUACGAAGACGUUUCAGCUGCUACUACCUACACUGAAACUGCUACUCACGGUGGUACUGACACUGUUCACGUCAUUGAACCAGUUAACCCAACUGUUACCACCUCUGAAUACGAAGAUGUUUCAGCUGCUACUACCUACACUGAAACCGCUACUCACGGUGGUACUGAUACUGUUCACGUCAUUGAACCAAUCAACCCAACUGUUACUACCACUGAAUACGAAGAUGUUUCAGCUGCUACUACCUACACUGAAACCGCUACUCACGGUGGUACUGACACUGUUCACGUCAUUGAACCAAUCAACCCAACUGUCACCACCACUGAAUACGAAGACGUUUCAGCUGCUACUACCUACACUGAAACUGCUACUCACGGUGGUACCGAUACUGUUCACGUCAUUGAACCAAUCAACCCAACUGUCACCACCACUGAAUACGAAGACGUUUCAGCUGCUACUACCUACACUGAAACUGCUACUCACGGUGGUACCGAUACUGUUCACGUCAUUGAACCAAUCAACCCAACUGUCACCACCACUGAAUACGAAGAUGUUUCAGCUGCUACUACCUACACUGAAACUGCUACUCACGGUGGUACUGACACUGUUCACGUCAUUGAACCAAUCAACCCAACUGUCACCACCACUGAAUACGAAGACGUUUCAGCUGCUACUACCUACACUGAAACUGCUACUCACGGUGGUACCGAUACUGUUCACGUCAUUGAACCAAUCAACCCAACUGUUACUACCACUGAAUACGAAGACGUUUCAGCUGCUACUACCUACACUGAAACUGCUACUCACGGUGGUACCGAUACUGUUCACGUCAUUGAACCAAUCAACCCAACUGUCACCACCACUGAAUACGAAGAUGUUUCAGCUGCUACUACCUACACUGAAACUGCUACUCACGGUGGUACUGACACUGUUCACGUCAUUGAACCAGUUAACCCAACUGUCACCACCACUGAAUACGAAGAUGUUUCAGCUGCUACUACCUACACUGAAACUGCUACUCACGGUGGUACCGAUACUGUUCACGUCAUUGAACCAAUCAACCCAACUGUCACCACCACUGAAUACGAAGAUGUUUCAGCUGCUACUACCUACACUGAAACUGCUACUCACGGUGGUACCGAUACUGUUCACGUCAUUGAACCAGUUAACCCAACUGUUACUGUUACUGAAUUUGGCUCUGUUUCUGCUGCUACCACUACCACUUUCACCAACCCAGCAGGUGAGACUGAUACUGUUUUAGUUAUUGAACCAGUCAACCCAACUGUCACUGUUACUGAAUUCGGCUCUGUUUCUGCUGCUACUACCUACACCGAAACCGAUUCACUUGGUGGUACCGACACUGUUCACGUCAUUGAACCAGUCAACCCAACUGUUACUGUUACUGAAUUCGGCUCUGUUUCUGCUGCUACUACCUACACCGAAACCGAUUCACUUGGUGGUACCGACACUGUUCACGUCAUUGAACCAGUCAACCCAACUGUCACUGUCACUGAAUUCGGCUCUGUUUCUGCUGCUACUACCUACACCGAAACCGAUUCACUUGGUGGUACCGAUACUGUUCACGUCAUUGAACCAGUCAACCCAACUGUUACUGUCACUGAAUUCGGCUCUGUUUCUGCUGCUACCACUACCACUUUCACCAACCCAGCAGGUGAAACUGAUACUGUUUUAGUUAUUGAACCAGUCAACCCAACUGUCACUGUCACUGAAUUCGGCUCUGUUUCUGCUGCUACUACCUACACCGAAACCGAUUCACUUGGUGGUACCGAUACUGUUCACGUCAUUGAACCAGUUAACCCAACUGUUACUGUUACUGAAUUCGGCUCUGUUUCUGCUGCUACCACUACCACUUUCACCAACCCAGCAGGUGAAACUGAUACUGUUUUAGUUAUUGAACCAGUCAACCCAACUGUCACUGUCACUGAAUUCGGCUCUGUUUCUGCUGCUACUACCUACACCGAAACCGAUUCACUUGGUGGUACCGAUACUGUUCACGUCAUUGAACCAGUUAACCCAACUGUUACUGUUACUGAAUUCGGCUCUGUUUCUGCUGCUACCACUACCACUUUCACCAACCCAGCAGGUGAAACUGAUACUGUUUUAGUUAUUGAACCAGUUAACCCAACUGUCACUGUCACUGAAUUCGGCUCUGUUUCUGCUGCUACCACUACCACUUUCACCAACCCAGCAGGUGAAACUGAUACUGUUUUAGUUAUUGAACCAGUCAACCCAACUGUCACUGUCACUGAAUUCGGCUCUGUUUCUGCUGCUACCACUACCACUUUCACCAACCCAGCAGGUGAAACUGAUACUGUUUUAGUUAUUGAACCAGUUAACCCAACUGUCACUGUCACUGAAUUCGGCUCUGUUUCUGCUGCUACCACUACCACUUUCACCAACCCAGCAGGUGAAACUGAUACUGUUUUAGUUAUUGAACCAAUCAACCCAACUGUUACUGUCACUGAAUUCGGCUCUGUUUCUGCUGCUACCACUACCACUUUCACCAACCCAGCAGGUGAAACUGAUACUGUUUUAGUUAUUGAACCAGUCAACCCAACUGUCACUGUCACUGAAUUCGGCUCUGUUUCUGCUGCUACUACCUACACCGAAACCGAUUCACUUGGUGGUACCGACACUGUUCACGUCAUUGAACCAGUUAACCCAACUGUCACUGUCACUGAAUUCGGCUCUGUUUCUGCUGCUACCACUACCACUUUCACCAACCCAGCAGGUGAAACUGAUACUGUUUUAGUUAUUGAACCAGUCAACCCAACUGUCACUGUCACUGAAUUCGGCUCUGUUUCUGCUGCUACCACUACCACUUUCACCAACCCAGCAGGUGAAACUGAUACUGUUCACGUCAUUGAACCAGUUAACCCAACUGUCACUGUCACUGAAUUCGGAUCUGUUUCUGCUGCUACUACCUACACUGAAACUGAUUCACUUGGUGGUACCGAUACUGUUCACGUCAUUGAACCAGUCAACCCAACUGUCACUGUCACUGAAUUCGGCUCUGUUUCUGCUGCUACUACCUACACUGAAACUGAUUCACUUGGUGGUACCGAUACUGUUCACGUCAUUGAACCAGUCAACCCAACUGUCACUGUCACUGAAUUCGGCUCUGUUUCUGCUGCUACUACCUACACCGAAACCGAUUCACUUGGUGGUACCGACACUGUUCACGUCAUUGAACCAGUUAACCCAACUGUUACUGUUACUGAAUUUGGCUCUGUUUCUGCUGCUACCACUACCACUUUCACCAACCCAGCAGGUGAGACUGAUACUGUUUUAGUUAUUGAACCAGUCAACCCAACUGUCACUGUUACUGAAUUUGGCUCUGUUUCUGCUGCUACCACUACCACUUUCACCAACCCAGCAGGUGAGACUGAUACUGUUUUAGUUAUUGAACCAGUCAACCCAACUGUCACUGUUACUGAAUUCGGCUCUGUUUCUGCUGCUACCACUACCACUUUCACCAACCCAGCAGGUGAGACUGAUACUGUUUUAGUUAUUGAACCAGUCAACCCAACUGUCACUGUUACUGAAUUCGGCUCUGUUUCUGCUGCUACUACCUACACCGAAACUGAUUCACUUGGUGGUACCGAUACUGUUCACGUCAUUGAACCAGUUAACCCAACUGUUACUGUCACUGAAUUCGGAUCUGUUUCUGCUGCUACUACCUACACCGAAACCGAUUCACUUGGUGGUACCGACACUGUUCACGUCAUUGAACCAGUCAACCCAACUUUUACUGUUACUGAGUUCGGAUCUGUUUCUGCUGCUACUACCUACACUGAAACCGAUACUGUUGGUGGUACCGACACUGUUCAUGUUGUUGAACCAGUUGUCUCCUCUGAAGGUGAUUAUAGUUCGGAGUCUUUGUUCACAAGUACCACAUUAUCUAGUUUGGAAACCAGUAGUGUGGAAAGUCUGGUUGAAGUCUCGGUAAGUAUUUUGCCAGAUGAUGAAGCGCCUUUGGAUGAUUUUUUCGGCAAGCUUCCACCUGAGUUUAAUUAUGAAGAUGAUGGUUUUGGUGUACCUGUGCCUGAAGGUGGUUUAACUACUACUACCACUAUUCCAGGCUCAGUUGCUACUACUUACACUGUUAUAGAAUCCGGCGCAAUUGUUGAAACUGUUGUUGUUGUUGAACCAUCUGCUAUUGAAUCUUCAUCUGCUAUUGAAUCUUCAUCUGCUAUCGAAUCAUCUUCUGCUAUUGAAUCAUCAUCUGCUAUUGAAUCAUCUAGUGAAGAUUAUCCAUUAACUCUUGAUGCUGAAUCCUUAGUUGCUGCUUCCACUGCUAUUGAAUCUUCAUCUGCUAUUGAAUCUUCAUCUGCUAUUGAAUCUUCAUCUGCUAUUGAAUCUUCAUCUGCUAUUGAAUCUUCAUCUGCUAUUGAAUCUUCAUCUGCUAUUGAAUCUUCAUCUGCUAUUGAAUCUUCAUCUGCUAUUGAAUCUUCAUCUGCUAUUGAAUCAUCAUCUGCUAUUGAAUCAUCAUCUGCUAUCGAAUCAUCUUCUGCUAUUGAAUCAUCAUCUGCUAUUGAAUCAUCAUCUGCUAUUGAAUCAUCUAGUGAAGAUUAUCCAUUAACUCUUGAUGCUGAAUCCUUAGUUGCUGCUUCCACUGCUGCGGAAUCUUCAUCUACUAUUGAAUCUUCAUCUGCUAUUGAAUCUUCAUCUGCUAUUGAAUCUUCAUCUGCUAUUGAAUCUUCAUCUGCUAUUGAAUCUUCAUCUGCUAUCGAAUCAUCUUCUGCUAUUGAAUCAUCAUCUGCUAUUGAAUCAUCUAGUGAAGAUUAUCCAUUAACUCUUGAUGCUGAAUCCUUAGUUGCUGCUUCCACUGCUGCGGAAUCUUCAUCUACUAUUGAAUCUUCAUCUGCUAUUGAAUCUUCAUCUGCUAUUGAAUCUUCAUCUGCUAUUGAAUCUUCAUCUGCUAUUGAAUCUUCAUCUGCUAUCGAAUCAUCUUCUGCUAUUGAAUCUUCAUCUGCUAUUGAAUCAUCAUCUGCUAUUGAAUCAUCUAGUGAAGAUUAUCCAUUAACUCUUGAUGCUGAAUCCUUAGUUGCUGCUUCCACUGCUGCGGAAUCAUCAUCUGCUAUUGAAUCAUCAUCUGCUGUUGAAUCAUCUAGUGAAGAUUAUCCAUUAACUCUUGAUGCUGAAUCCUUAGUUGCUGCUUCCACUACUAUUGAAUCUUCAUCUGCUAUUGAAUCUUCAUCUGCUAUCGAAUCAUCUUCUGCUAUUGAAUCUUCAACUGCUAUUGAAUCAUCAUCUGCUAUUGAAUCAUCUAGUGAAGAUUAUCCAUUAACUCUUGAUGCUGAAUCCUUAGUUGCUGCUUCAUCUGCUAUUGAAUCUUCUUCUGCUGUUGAAUCAUCCUCAGAGUGUCCUACUUGUAUUUCCCUGCUGACUGCUUCCUUGGAAGAAACUUCUAGUACCUUCUCGACUAUUUCUGUCAGUUCAGUAUCAUUAUAUCCAGAUGUUUUACCAUCUUCUUCUCGUCCACACUACGUUAACUCCACUGUUCCACAAUAUUCAUACACAAGUGAUUCAUCUAGUUCUAUUCCUGUCGCUGAUGGUGCUGCUUCGUCAGACUCUCCAGAGUUGAAUACCUAUGUUCCAACAUCAAUAACUGAUGCCAUUUCAUCAUCGAUUAUUACUCCAAACAAUGAAAAUGAGUCAAUCAAGGAAUCCACUUCAUCAAGUGUUGAUACUAGUAGUUAUCCACAUACCUUAGCUGGUCCAGCUCCACCUGCAGUAACAGCUAGCUCUGAAACUAAUUUUGAUACCAGAACAACUGAAGAUACCGCAAGUGCAGUUGGUACUUCAGUUACUGAUGGUUCUGAAGUCCCUGUUCAAUCAGUUUCUUCAUCUUCUGUCAGCUCCGAAAUUGACGCCAAUGGUGAUCUUACUUCUUCAACUACUGGUGCUUCAUCUACUGGAUUAACGAUUGCUGAUUCUAUUGCUUCUACCUCAACGGCUAAAUCUUCUGAAGAUGUUGUCAUCUCAUCAACUGCCAAUACUUCUUCUGAGGAUGAUUAUUCUGAUGUCAAGACCUCGACUAAUGAAAAUGCUGUUGAAGAACCUAGCACUGUAACCAUGUUUACCACCGUUACUACAACUGGAGCUGAUGGUAUUCCUGAAACUGUAACUGUGUUAACUACUGUCACCACUACAGAAAUGAAUGGCGGUGAACCAACUGGAACUACCCCUGAUGAGAACGACUCUGGUAACAAUAACGGUGGUGACUCCCACAACACCGGGUAA